AUGGCCAGAACUCGCAGCCUCUCGGACCGCCUGCCCUUCGCGAGUAACUGCGACAACCCUGCGUUCAAGGCCCACGAGACCCUCAGAACCCCCCGAGGCAUAUGCCCAGCCUCCUUUUAUCCCAUUCUCCUGCAAAUGGCAAAAUGUGCAUUCUUCCUCUCCAGCAGGCGUCCAGAGGAUGUCCCUGCGUAUCCCAGCAAUGGAAUCCCUUCGCUCCAGCCUGACCCGUCCGACGCAUGUGACUUUUGGAACGUUUACUUGGCGGCGUUUCCUGACCUUGGCGAACAAGCAAAAGAGGAUCCUUCACUCCGUCUCAAGAUUUCUAAGCUCAAAUAUUCCAAGGUCUAG